CGACCCCCGCCCGCCUGCCAUGUGGGCGCCGGUCCGCGGGCUGUGGGGCUCCCACGCGGGGCUCGGGGCGCUGCUGGGUGGCCGCGGCGCGGGGCGCAGCCUCCUUCCGGGCCGCCCCCGAGGCCUGCACGGCUCCCUGAUAUCCUGUGGCAGCAAGAACCUGCUCAAGAAAUUCGCCACGAAAACCAAAAAAAAGUUUUGGUACGAAGGUCCUUCCUUGGGAUCUCACCUUACUUACAAACCAUCCAAGCUGGAGUUACUAAUGAAGAAUACCUCAAAGAAAACCAAGAAGGAAGACCAUGUGCGCCUAAGGGCCCUGAAUGGCCUUCUCUACAAAGCGCUGACGGAUUUGCUGUGCACUUCUGAAGUGAGCCAGGAGGUGUAUGACCUGAACUUGGAGCUCUGCAAGGUGUCUCUGACUUCAGACUUCUCAGCCUGCCGUGUGUAUUGGAGGGCAUCUCUCUCUGCUGAACAGAAUGAGCACACCAACGCCAUCCUACAGAAGAGCGCUGCCCAUAUGAGGCAUCUUCUGAUGUCCCAGCAGACCCUGCGGAAUGUGCCGCCCAUCGUGUUUGUUCAGGACAGAGAGAAUGCGGCUCUAGCUGAGGUUGAUCGGUUACUGGCAAUUGCUGAUUUUGGACCCCCAGAUGAAAAAGAAGACUUGAAACAAAAUAAUGUCAGGAAGCCUCUAGACCAGCCACCCCUGACUUGUGCUGCAGAGCCGGCUGCACACCCACAUCUGUUUGGGAUUGAUCAUGAAGCACUCAACAAGCAAAUCAUGGAGUACAAGAGGAAGAAGGAGAAGGGGCUUGGAAGUGUGAGCCUCGGGCAGCCGGAACAAGCGCAGGAGCAGCUGGCUGAGCUGGUGAGGCAGAUAAAGAGGAAGAAGAAGAAAGCAAAGCCCCCUGUUCAUGACAUCUCCCCCAAGAGCUUCCUUUUGGGUAGAGAGAGUGAGGAUGGUGUGGAUGAUGAUGAAGAUCAUGCGUGGCUCAAGGAGGGCACCCCAGAGUGUGGAGGACUGGAGGUGGAGACAGAAAUCCGCAAGCCAGGGUCAGGGGAGUGAAUCUGUGAGGUUGGCUCUGCUCUCACGUUCCCGUGUCAGCCUGAUGCAGACCAGCAGCCCCUGGGGUCCGUGCACACGCUGUGUAUAUGACCUCAACUUCGACAACAAAUAAAAAAACAUGUUGGUGUUCCAGGUAGAAAGCACUGUACCAUCUCUUCAAGAGAGGCCAAGCAUAAGGGAGACACUUUGUAAAAGCAGUGCUCUCGGGGUGUUGUCUGCCAUUCUGCUAAUUAAAUGUGCUGUAGGUUUUCUGUGUAUUUAAAUAUCAUGUCCUAGGGACAAAAGACUUAGAGUUACUUUUGUUUCUUCUCCAACACUCACACUUAAUUGAAACAAUUUUUUUUUUGAAACAGCCCUCUU